AUGGCGGCGGCCGUGGCGGGCCCACGUGGGCGCGGGGCCGCGGGCAGGGACACGGACACGGACAGCGGUUCUGAGUUAAGCUCAGAACUUCCAGACGACAGCUACUCUUCGGGAGGUGAAGCCGUGGAUGGUGAUGAUGAAGAUGAAGCAGCAGCCCCUGGCAAUGUGGCUGAAGAGGCAACAAGCUCCAAAGAUGGCCCAAGUUCAGGAUGGGCAGAUGCCAUGGCAAAAGUGCUCAACAAAAAGAUUCCACAGAAUAAGUCCACCAUCUUGGCCAAGAAUAAAAGCCUGGAGAAGGAAAGAGAGAAAAAAAAACAAGAGAGGCAAGAAAAGAAGAUGAGGCUCGAUAAAAAGCGGGAAUGGGAAAUGAUGUGCCGAGUGAAGCCAGAUGUUGUCAAAGAUCGAGAGAAGGAAAGAAAUCUUCAGAGAAUUGCCACAAGAGGUGUUGUACAAUUAUUCAACGCUGUCAGGACGCACCAGAAGAAAAUGGAAGAGGAGGUGAAGAAAGCAGGGGGCUCUGAGAGGAAGCGUGCUAAACUGAUGUCUUCUGUUUCAAAGAGAGAUUUCAUUGAUGUUCUAAGAAACAUGGACGGGGCUAAAGGAGCCAAGAAUCCUGCUGGAAAGGCCACUAAAAGUAAACAGGGUGAAGUGAAGUCUGAAGAGGGGCCAGAAUGGAAUAUACUGCGUGAUGACUUCAUGAUGGGAGCAUCUAUGAAGGACUGGGACAAGGAAAGCGAUGGAGAGGGCAACAGUGAAGAAGGAGGUGGUCUGAAACAAGAAGAUGACAGUGACUGAAUGAAAAUCAUUCAAGAUAAUGUUUUAUCUUCUUAAGUUUGUUUGGAUAAAAAGUCAGCAUUCUAUGAAUGUACAACACUUGGAGGAUACCUCUUUUAAAAGGAAAAAAAAAAAAAGACUUACACAACCUUGGAGUGUUUUCUCCUCCAUGUCAAACUUUUAUUUAAUAUAGCUCCGUUUGCUAUACUGAAAUCCUGAAAUAUUUUCCAAAACAAGUAUAAUUUUCAACAUAUUUCCAAAACAUUUUGUACAGUCAAAAUAGUGGCACUUGCCCAAUGAAAGAUAGAUUUUGCCAAGGUCAUUAAAAGUUUACACAUUAGUCAUGGCAAUUGAUGUAUUAGUGUGCCUGCAUUUCCAAAUCACUGCUGCACUUUGAAAAGUUGUUGCAAUUUGCAAUAGAAAUGGCUUACAAUAAACACAGAAAUGCCGUCACCUUGUAAAGUUAUUGGGCUCCUAUAGAGUCUUUACUACUUUGGCCAGAAAAGGUUCUGUAGAUAAUAAAGGAAAGUAACCAUUCAUGUGAUAGUUCUGGUCUAGGAGCAUUAGUUUGAUUGGAGACAACUCUGGAAACAGAACUGUACAGACAGAGA